CAGUCCCGCCUCUUCCUUGUCGAAAACUAAACAAGCAAGUUCACAAUUCUCUGAUAUCAUCAAAUUCCCUAAAGCGUUAGACUGGAAGAAAUUAACUGGGUGUGUUUUUAUCUUUCUCUGUUUUUGUGCCAUUUUUCCUUAACGCUACAGCCACACAAUGUCUACCGUAAAAGCAUGUAAGGUGUGUAAUUUCUCACGGCGGAAGUCUUACGGCGUGGUAGCCUCCUCUUUGGACGGACUAAAGAUCUGUGGGUGCGAGGCUCUGGACAUCAAAAGUGAAGAAAAUGUCACUAUUGUGUUGGAGGAUGAUGGGACAAUCGUUGAAGAUGAGACAUAUUUCAUGUGCUUGCCUUCAAAUACCAAGUUCAUGAUUCUUCAAAAUAAUGAAAGCUGGAUUCCAAAAAUGAAAGUUGAUGGAGGUACUGCUUGGCUAACUGGAAAUGAAACAUUAGAUGAAUUUGACGGAGUAGUUACUACAGCUCAAAAGUGGAAACAUCUGGCACACCAGCUAAAGCAGAAUCUUUCCAGCAUUAUACUUAUGUCAGAAGAAGAACUUCAGACCUUAGUUGAUGUCAAUUGUAAUGAGCUAGCUGAAGAAAUGGGUCGAAUGGAAGAGGGAGCACGUUUUCUGCAAGAGACUUUGCAGAGGGUUCUUGACAGGCGAGAGGAAGAACGGCAAUCCCGGGACCUUUUACAGCUGUACCUUAAGGCAGCAGAGCAAGAAAAUACCUCAGCAGCUUCUACUACAGAUGUUUCAGCUGAUACCAUCGAUGCACCAACUAACAUGGAUGUAAACUUCACAAGUGACAUUCCCAGCCAGAGUUCAAAGAUUGGCCAGCGAACUCUCAUGGUUCUCAAGGGUAAAACAAAUCCACAGACUAGACUAUCCAACCAGGAUUUACAGCUGGUACUUGAGGAGGGAGGACAGAAUCUGGCUUCCUUGCUUAGCUGGGACAGGCAGAGGUCAAACUCAUUGGUGGCAGCCUGUGAAGAAGAACUGAAACGACGAACACAACAAGUGCAGAGCCUGCAGUCUCUCAGUGGCUGUUCCCGACACCGGGCAGCAUGGGAACUCCCUGAUAAUUGCCAGGCUAAGCGCAAGAAAUAAAUUCAAAGCAAAGACUGAGCAACAAUCCUAUAUAACAGAGGUGCCAACGUGAGUUACGAAGCAUGAUUAGGAUUCUCUGAAUGGUCCAGUUGUCAAGGUAAUGAAAUCAUUACUGAGAAUUGCAGAUACACUUUAUAUGGCAAACUACUGAAAAAUUAAACAGAUUUUAUAUCAUUUUGAAA